AUUGUUUUUAUUUCGCAAACCAUCCCCACCAACACUUUUAGUUGAAAUCAUUACUAACGGGGUAUGUACAUUGUACAUACUUAGGUAUAUGACUCUACUUAGAUAUACUGGUAAUGCAGUCAAGGAAAGAGGGUAAGAUUUAGCCGAAGAAGAGCUAAAUUUAGCUCCGGCUUUAUUUAGCCGAUCUGGAGCUAGAUUUAGCUCUCGGAGCUAAAUCUACCUCCUCAAGUUCAAUUUUACUCUGAAAAAGAGCUAAAUUUAGCUGAUCAUCGGCUAAAUUUAGCUUGGUUAGACUUUGAAAAUACCGACCGCAUUUAUUAUGCAACGACGGUUGCUUUUGUCAAUUUAGGUAAAUUAAGCAGGUUUCACUUAACAAACGAGCAAUGGCCCAGCUUUGUGUGAUCUGGCUCACCGUGGUUACAAAAAUUUAAAAGUGAAGGUUAUUUUAAAUUCAUAGUUAUAGAUUGACUAAUUCAAAUUUGGCGGAAGAUUUGGAGCAAAACUUACCCUUCGGAGCUAAAUUUUGCUCCGGAUCGGCUAAAUAAAGCCGGAGCUAAAUUUAGCUCUUCUUCGGCUAAAUCUUACCCUCUUUCCUUGACUGUAAUGACGAGCAUUAUUGUUUAGUAAUGUUAACAGCGCAUAUUUGAAUUACUUCUGAAACUUACAUAAGCUUGAUUUAGGUACCAAUACGCGAAAGGUAAAUUUUAAGUUUGUAAGUUACGCUACUUAAAUUCGCGGCAAAUAUUGACAUUGAGCUUCCAAAAAUUUCACGAACGUCAUAUCAAUCCUUCAAAUAAUUAAGUACUUGAUAUUUACAUAUUUAAGCAUUAUUGUGACGCGACGAAAAUAUGACGAGAAAGUGGACUGGCCGAUUUGACAACAUAAUAUUUGAAUGGCAUGCUGCCUGUUGUUAUUUCUGUCCGUAAAUAAGUAUGUGUUCCUUGUGAAAAGGUUUGUUGUUAGAAAAGGGUACACAUGCGUUCUCCUGAAAACCAGUCCCGCAUGAAUUUCUCCUGGCACAGUUCAUCAUUUUGACCCUUCUAAAAAUAUAUUUAUUGUGAAAAUAGAGAGAGACUUGUGCUAAGCAAACUUAUGUAUGAAUAAGUCACCACAGAGAAAAUAAAAUCUAACAUUGCCGUCUAUUUUCUUCCCAGUUUUAAAAUUCUGCGAAGAGAAUAAGGUUCGUUUUUCGGUGAUAGGGGAAUUUCUACAUAUUUCUUAAUAAUCUCUAAUAAUUUCUUAAUUUCUUAACUAUACUACAUACUUAAUCCAGGAAAAGUAGAGUUUUGCAAACUACUUACGCCUGGACGGAUCUGCCUAACAGAUUCGGAAAUCCAGAAUUAAAAUGGGUUCAACGACAACAAAGGUUUGGAAAUGUUCCACCUCCUCAAAAACGUUCACAACUAAGCGAUGCUUAACUUACCACAUUUCAACGCACUACCCCGGGGCGAAGGUUAAAUGCCAGAUUUGCGGGAAAAUUUUAAAAAAUUCAAAAACAUUUUCCUCCCACAUGGCAUUGAUCCACACAAAUCGGAAACGACCAAGUUGCAACGUUUGUCACCGGGUGUGUUCUACACCUUCGCACUUACGGAGACACAUUGACACCGUCCACACCACUUUGAAGCGACCUCGUUUUCCAUGCGAAUUUCCCGGCUGUGGAAAAACUUACUUGAACCUGAGAAGUGUAUCACUGCACAUAAAAACCGAACAUUCCGCAAAUCCAGUCCGAUUCCCGUGCACACUUUGCUGGAAAGAAUUCAAAACCAGGCCAAAUCUUGAGAAAUACAUUUCUACGCACACAACGGAGAAGGCCUACAUUUGCUCCACGUGUAGGAGGAGCUUCUCCCAGAGGACAGCCAUGCAACGUCACGAGGUUACACAUUUGGCAAAAUCCAACCCAAGGAAUUUCAAGUGUGAACUUUGUCCUCGGACUACCCACGGAAAAACUGACUUACGAAGACAUGUCCAAAAUGUGCAUGAACACCGGAAAAAUCAUCCGUGCACAUUUUGUGACAAAAUAUUCUCGACAGCAUCCAUUCUGAGACGUCACGUUGAGGCGUGUCAUCCCACAAAUACAGAGAAGAUUCACUCCUGCGACAAAUGCGAAUUCAUGACCAGCUCGAAGAUAAGGUUAUCCAAUCACGUGAGGCGUCAUAAUCUUGCGAAUCGGCGAGAGUGCUACUUCUGCAAGAAACAAUUUCUUUACUUUUCGAGAUUGGUGAGACACUUUAGACGCGGACGCCAUACGCUACAGCAGUGAAAAUGGAGAUUUACUUUGCAUGACUUUGUUAUUAGACAAGAAUUGUACAUAGUUUGUAUAUAUUUCUUGUCUUAUUUCACCGAGAUAAAGUUUGAAAAACGAGAAAUAUUUAUAAAACGCGGAGAAUAUUAAAUAGUUGUCGGAUAUCUGUUCACAACUUGUGAAUAAUUUUAUUCUUGGCGUGUAUUUGCUAUCCGUUUUCAGGGAAACCCCGCAACAAGUGUACAUUUAAUUAUCGACGAAAUUAUGUUUCUGAAACUUUGAAUAAAUAUAAAUGGUUAAUUUAUGCAAUUUCUAAA